UCCGGGUCGGAUUGAUUUUCUUGUAACACAUUUCCCAUGGCUGUCAGACGUCUUCACUCCUUACUGAGCAAAGUGUCUUUUCUCUGUUUGCUCUCGUGUUGCGUUUUCAAUGUCUUUCCAUGUUGAUGUGAGCGUAUUCUUCUUCGUUGGCAACUCCGCAGAUGUGAUGUCAGAUAAGCGUCAGCGGGCCAGAGUCCAGGGCUCCUGGGCCAAACAGCUGCCAAAACAACCUCGACCAACCGGUGCCGUCGCAAACAAUCAACCAACCAGAAAUGUUAACCCAGAGCCUAAUUCAUGGGGAAGUGGGCCACAGAACACCCCUAAGACAUUUGAGUUCCAUCAGCCCACCAAGCAAGUUAGAGGUGUUCCUCCGGUGAAAGUGAUCGAGCAGGCAGGUAUUCAUGAGAUCAGCCAUGGACCAUCGGGAGUGUCCAGACUGCGAUUGCUUCCCGGGUUUAUUCCCCCAGAAGAGGCUGAUUGGAUGUUCAGUAAGCUGUUAGCAGAGCUUCCCUGGUCCCAGAAGACCAACUACAGACAAGGUGAUGCGUACGAGGAGCCCAGGCUGACCUGCUGGUUUGGAGAGCUGCCCUACACGUACGCGCGCUCCACCCUGGCUGCAAACACACAGUGGCAUCCGUCGCUGUUGACGCUGCGCGGAGCGGUGGAGCAGGCGAGCGGCUGUGGCUUCAACUCGCUGCUGUGCAACCUGUACCGCGACGGCCACGACAGCAUCGGCUGGCACAGCGACGACGAGGCCUCCCUCGGCCACAGGCCCACCAUCGCCUCCCUCAGCCUGGGAGACACCAGAGUGUUCGGCGUCCGCAAGCAGCCUCCCCCGGAGGAGAAUGGCGACUACACUUAUGUGGAGCAGAUUCGGGUUCCUCUCAGUCACGGCACCCUUUUGGUGAUGGACGGUGCCAUGCAGGACGAUUGGCAGAUUAAAAAAUGUUAGCAGAGUAUUUCUGGAGAAGAUAGAAGACAACAGCAGAAACUGCAGCGCUCUAUUUGGACGUGCGUUAAUCGUGCAACGGCGUCAUCAUCUACUUAAAUGAAAGAAUAAGUCACUUUUCUUUUAGGUGGUCAUGCUGAAGAGUAAGUGGAAACUAAAAGGGGGGGGGGGGUGUGAAAGGGAAGAUCGAGAUCUACAAAGACGGUGGAGCCGCCGCAUAAAAGAAACAAAGAAAAAGGGAAAAGGUCACAUGUGUUUUAUGGCGACACCUCUGAGUAUCUCCACAGAGGUUUUAUCUCUCCUUUAAAGAUGUUACCAGAGAAAGAAGAUCACACCAUCCAUUAAUUAUUCCACCGACACCUCAAUUACAGUCCCCCUCCUCCAAUAAAACUCAGCAAGAGAGGUUUGGAAGUGAGCUCUAAAUAUUUAACCAAAGGAUACGAGGUUAUUUCUGCCUGUUCUGAUCCUCCAAUUCAAAAGGUUCAUAAAUAACUAAUUAAAUGUUUAGGCUGUGGAAUUACAGACAAUGUUUCAGUGCUGUUUUUGGAAAGGAGAAUAACUGCCUUUUACCCUGCGUGUCCGAUGGUAAGAAAAUGGUGUUUGUUGUCAAACAAAAAUAUGCCACCAUGCUCUAGGAACUCCUUUUAAAAAAAAUCGUGUAGUCAUUUGAUUAGAAACAGAAUAUAUAGAUAGAUCGAUACUAAUUGUUUGACCAUGGACCAAGAUAAAAAACAGCUAAAUAAAAUUCCAUCGAAAGCCAAAUGCUCAUUUGAACAAAGCGUCUGAGCCAGUGUUUCUCAAAGGGAGGAAGGGGGUUCUUCCGGUUUCUUCAUGCAGAAUUCUUUUAGAUGAUUAUACGAUAGAAAAUUGUAUCCGUCUC